AUCCCCUGUCAUUUUUACACGAACCAGGGACAGAUCAAUAUUAACUUUCUACAUUUUUUAGGGCCCCGCGGGCCGGGUACAAUGGUCUGGUGGGCUGGAUGCGGCCCGCGGGCCGUAUUUUGCCCACCCCUGACUCUAGUUGGUCUAAUGAUAUCACAUCUGCCACUACCUUGAAUUGCCCUUGCCCUAUGGAUCAUUUAUCGUGCCUUGUUCCUGGAAAUGCCUGCACCCGCCUUUUUUUUUUCUUUUGGUUUCUUUAAAUGAGCAAAACUAGGUGGGAUCUCCUUGGCGUAACCCCACCCUCUCGCAACACCUUUUGCCAGGAGUAUCUGAGCAGCUCGAAGGCAGUGACUCAGACUGUCAGUGGGAGCCGCAGGACGUCGAGACCUGACCUGCACCCUGCGCCCAGCAUGGAGACCCCCCCGGGCAGCGCCGGACCCCCCGCAGCACGGCGGGCACCAUGCCGAUAUCUCCCCACGAAACACGGCUGCACGAGAAAGAGGACGUGCAGGAGCUGAACGACCGCUUGGCCGCGUACAUCGACCGCGUGCGGUCCCUGGAGUCGAAGAACACAGGACUGCGGCUCCGCGCAUCGGAGGAGGUGGUCUCAGGCAUCAAGGCGGCCUACGAGUCCGAGCUGGCUGACGCCCGCAAGACCCUGGACUCGGUGGCCAAGGAGCGGGCGCGGCUUCAGCUGAAGCUGAGUAAAGUCCAGAAGGAGAACAAGGAGCUUAAGGAGCGUGCCCAGAAGGAAGCAGACCUGCAGUACACCCAAUCCUCCUUCAGGAGCCAGGAGGCCGCACUCACCACCACCCAUGACGAGAAGAGGAACCUAGAGAAAAAAGUCGGGGCCCUGGAGGCACAAGUAGCCAAGCUGCAGGAUGAGAUGCUCCGUCGUGUGGACGCUGAGAACCAGCUGCAGACACUCAAGGAGGAGCUGGAGUUCCAGAAGAAAACAUUGAGCAAGGAGCUGCGGGAGACCAAGCAGAGCUAUGAGAGACAGCUGGUGGAGAUCAAAAAGUGGCGGCAGCAGGAGUUGGAGAGCAAGCUGGCCGACAAGGAGCGGGAGAUGGCUGACAUGCGGGAGUGCAUGCAGCAGCAGAUGAACAAGUACCGGGACCUGCUGGGCAUCAAACUGGCCCUGGACAUGGAGAUCCACGGCUACCGCAAGCUGCUGGAGGGCGAGGAAAAGAGGCUGCACUUGUCCCCCAGCCCCUCGUCGCAGAAGAGCAGCUCACGCAGCCUCAUGGCGCGCUCCCCCUUG